GUCAAAUUUAUAGAGUACGAGGUGGACGUCUGACACAGGACCAGCUGGUAUUCGAACUGUUGUAGUUUUCAUGUACAAAUAUAAUUGAAUAUUACCUACUAAUCACACAAGAGAUCGGACUUGUAAAUAAAGAUCCCAAUAUGAAUUUAUCUUUACACCGGAUCGCCAGUUUACUGGCUUAUUUAGCGAUAUCAAUAUUUUGCCACACUGUCUUCGGCGAAUCAUCGUCGUCAAUGAACAUGAACUUGCGCAUAUUCAAGAAACGAGAUUUUCUUACAACGAAAAAGGAUAUUUUACAGUCAUAUCAUCGAAGAAAAAGACAAGCGCCUGGUGGAAUGAGUUACCUCAUCAGAUAUGGCUACGUAGCUCCGAGUUCUCUGACAUCAUCAGAUGCUGUACAGGAGCAGCGAAGUUAUAGGAAAGCGAUAUUAGAAAUGCAAAAGUUUUUGGGGUUGCCGCUAACUGGGCGAUUCGAUACUAGAACACGAGCAAUGAUGCAGAAACCACGAUGCGGCAACCCCGACAAAACUUCAGUAUUGAGCGAUAAAGUUAGAAGGAAGAGAUAUACAACCGUCGGUUCAAAAUGGACAAAGUUGAAAAUAACAUAUUCAAUCAACAAUUUCACGCCGAAGAUUGGUAAAGACGGGACACAUCAAGCCAUCCACAAUGCAUUUAGCGUUUGGGCGACUCAUGCGCCUCUCAAUUUUGUCAAAGUCAAUAAAGAUGACAAUCCAGACAUAGUCAUCCUUUUUGCAAAAGGUUAUCAUGAUGACAAUACCGCGUUUGACGGAGAAGGCGGGUACCUAGCACAUGCCUUCUAUCCCGGACCUGGAAUAGGUGGCGACACCCACUUUGAUUCUGAAGAACCUUGGACGAUUAACAAAGCUCCAUAUGAAGGAAAUGAUUUAUUCCUGGUUGCGGUUCAUGAACUCGGACAUGCACUUGGACUAGGACAUUCACCUGAUACCAAUGCAAUUAUGGCUCCUGUAUAUCAAUACCAUGAUACAUCUAAUUUUCAACUUCCACAAGACGAUAUCAAUGGAAUUCAGAUUCUUUAUGGUAUUUUGUCGCCGCCUCCUGCAGGGAAACCCCCUCUUUUGCCGUCGUCAACAGCAACAACAACUACAACAAUAGCAAAAAGUACGAGGAGUAUAAUUACAACUUCAACCUCCUCCACUACAACGGAAAGAACAAAAACCAUUCCCAGAUACACACCAAUAACACCUCCUCCACGAAAACCAUCUACAACACAGACAGCACCAUUGCCACCUGAAGUAUGUGACAUCAAAAACUUCGAUGCAAUCUCUUUCAUACGAAACGAAUUAUACGUGUUCAGUUCGCAAUACAUGUGGAGAAAGCCACGGACCGAACAGAAAGCAAUAGGACCAAUUCCUAUCGCCAGUUUCUGGCCUGCAGUUGGUUCAGGAGUGGAUGCGGUGUUCGAAAAUCCCCUUGAUGACACAAUCGUCAUGCUACAAGGAAAAAAUUAUUACGAGUAUCAUGAACAUGACUUAAUGCCGCGAUUUCCACGACGAUUAAAAAAUAUGGGAAUAUAUGAAGAAACUAUUGAUGCUGCAGUAUGGUGGUUCCGAAAUAAAAAGACAUAUUUAUUCAAGGGCAAUCAAUAUUGGAGAUUAGAAAACGAUCGCGUCGAUGACGAAUACCCGAAGAAUAUGGAGGCGUGGCCAGGAGUUCCUGCAGAUUUGGAUGCUGCUUUCAUUGGACCUGGCGAGGACGGUAAAAAUCACACCUAUUUUGUCAAGGGCAACAAAUACUGGAAGUUCCACGCUCGAGAUGUCAAAGUGAUAGCUGAAUUUGACAACUUUGCUCAUGAUUGGCUGGGUUGCGAAAACGUCUUGGUACUACCACCGCCCCCUCCAACGGGAGUACCCAUACCGGCAAUUGCAGCAAUUACGGUAGUAAUAGUAAUGCUAUUUCUUGCCGCUAUGGGCAUAUAUUUCAUGCACUACAGAAGACGGGGAUACAAGCACACUCCCUCCACAGCCAGCCUUAACCCUGCUCAGCCACCUUAUUAUAAUUACGUAUGCAAUAUUGAAGAAGAAAUAAAAGUCGCAGAUAGAUCCGCACAGAGGUUUGUGUGGGUACAUACUUUAAAUCACGGAUGGAACAAUUUGAAGUUUUCGUUGCAGCAAAAAGUUUGAAAAAAAAAACGAGGGAAGUGCUAUAGCGCCAUUUAUUGAUGUCAGAAGGUUCGCGCCAAAGAGUGCAUGGUUGGCCUGUAAUGUUGAUAUGCAAACAGAACUGUGAGUCUUACAAAAGCAUUAAAUGGACAACACAUUACACAGGUCGCCAAUGGCAUUAUGAAAGAGCAAAAUAUACUCUUCUGGCCUCUUAGGCUUAAAAGUGAAUUAUAACGUAUUAUUAGUACCAAGAACUUUCUUGUGACGGACUAUCCACUUUUCUGUAUGUCAUUUACUAUGUGUAACCACUGUUUCAAACGCACUAGAUUAUUUACGUAUAUCCUGUGUAGCACAAUUUCAUCAAUGUUUAUAACUAUAUUUUAGUCAAGGAGCUAACAUCGCGAUAGCUUUCAUUAUUUCUUUAUCUUUCGGUGCUGAGUAGUCUUCGUAUAAAUACUCACUUUCAAUUGCCUACUAGUUUAGCUCCAAGUUUUAACAUUCCUCUGAAACACGAAUUAAAAUGCUACAACUGUUUAUUUUGUAUCAGUUGUUGAAUUAAUUCUAGAGUUGGCAAUAUAAAAGUCAGCGGCGCGUUCACGAAAAUAGUAGCAUAAUAGAACAUUAUAAUUAUUACUGCCUAGAACUGGACAUAUUUUUUUAUAUGAAUUGUUCCCAUUCGUACUACUUCAAAAGUUGUUUUCAUUGGAAUUCGAACUUGGAUUAAAUUUCGAUCUCCGUUCUUUGGAAGCAGUAAUUCUUAAUUUUAUCGCACGAUUUUUUUUUCGAAUGCGGAUUCCUUUGAGCUUAACUUACUUGAAGUUUUGGGUUUAACGCCCUAAAGUUUUACCGGAUAAAGCUUGUCAUAAAUACAACGGCCUGGCAUUGAACAAUAUAUAAAAAAAAACGUAAAUUCCUCACAAAAAUUGAAUUGAAAUAGCUUCGUUUUAUGCAUUUAUUUGAAAUUUCAGGAGCAUUUUUUUGUUAGAAAACUGAACAACAAUUUUUCAACAAUUUUCAACGUUCUACCAAUGCCGCUCAUCCUCUUUUGUGCGUAUGAGAUUUAAGAAUAGCCAAGCAAACUGCAGUUUUAGCUUUAAAAGCUCGUUUGUAUUUUGUUACCGUGAUAUACAACGUUAUGUCACUGUAUUGAUCUCUAUUGCAAAAAGUACUGUUUUCAUAUUUUGAUUUGUUUUCAGUUUAAAAUAAAAACUCGAAACCGAACCAUAUUCUGCAAAGUUACAUUUAUUCGACAUUUGUUUAUUAAGUGCCGUAUUUUGUCAUUUUUGCUUUAUUUAUUAAAUUUUCUUAAUAUUUCUGUAUCAUUUUUAUGUUUUCCAUCUGAGUAAAAAAACUUUUGCUACUCCGCGUGACUUAUACCGAGUUCAUUUUCUUAUAUAAUAUCGUUGGUAUUGCAGAGUAGGCCAUAACAUGCCACUUUCUUCAUCAUAAACUUUUACUUGGUUUACCUGGCCAUAAAGAACCUUAUAAAAGUAUCAGUAUUAAUCUUUCAAUUUGCUAUUUUGACUAGAUUCCAACAGCACUGAGUAAUAAAUUUGAGGAAAAACUCCA